GGGGGGAAAAUAUAAGAAAGGGUAGAAAAGAAAAAGCAAAAAGAAAAAUUGAGAAAUCAAAAAACCCUAGGCCUUGUUUGUCUUCUCCAUCGAGUCUCCGCCUCAGUCUCGUCGGAUCUCUCUUCCUCUGCUGCUCCAUCAGUUUGGGUUUUACGGGCAGUUGAGGGAGAAUCGAGAGAUGGGGAAUAACAGGAAGGAGGAGUUGAAGGUGUACAAUUCGAUGACGCAGCAGAAGGAAGUGCUGCAGCCCCUGGUGGAGGGCAAGGUGGGCAUGUACGUCUGCGGGAUCACAGCUUACGAUUUCAGCCAUCUCGGCCACGCUCGGGCCGCCGUCGCUUUCGACCUCCUUUACAGAUAUCUACUACACUUGGGAUAUGAAGUUAAUUAUGUACGUAACUUCACCGAUGUUGAUGACAAGAUAAUUAAUCGGGCCAACGAAAAAGGGGAGAAUCCCUUGUCCUUAAGUGACCGUUUUUGCCAAGAAUACCGUAAGGACAUGGAUGAUCUCCAGUGCUUUACUCCCACUCACCAGCCCCGCGUUUCCGACCACAUGGAACAGAUCAAGGCCAUGAUUCAGCAGAUUAUUGAUAAUGGUUGUGCCUACGUAGUUGAUGGAGACGUGUUCUUCUCUGUUGACAGAAGCCUGGACUAUGGGCAAUUGUCAAGGCAGAGGGUUGAAAAUCAUAGAGCUGGCGAGCGCGUUGCAGUAGACUCACGAAAACGGGACCCUGCAGAUUUUGCUUUGUGGAAGGCUGCAAAGCCUGGUGAGCCAAGCUGGGAGAGCCCAUGGGGCCCAGGAAGGCCGGGGUGGCACAUAGAAUGCAGUGCAAUGAGUGCUCAUUACCUUUCCCACAAGUUUGAUAUUCAUGGUGGUGGAAUCGACUUGAUAUUCCCACACCACGAGAAUGAGAUAGCCCAGAGCCGUGCGGCAUGUCCAGAGACCCACAUCAAUUACUGGAUGCACAAUGGUCAUGUAACAAAUAACAAUGAGAAAAUGUCAAAAUCUCUUGGGAAUUUCUUCACGAUUCGUGAUAUCACUGAGCGAUACCAUCCAUUGGCCCUGAGGCACUUUCUGAUAAGUGCACACUAUCGAUCUCCUCUCAACUAUUCCCUUUUGCAGCUGGAAGGGUCCUCAGAUGCUGUUUAUUACAUAUACCAGACACUGAAAGACUGUGAAGAUGCUUUGGCGUCAUUUAAACAAGAAGGUAAUGAGCAACCCAAAAACAAGCCCGUGAAGGUGCUUCCUGCAGCUCAGGAGUGCAUAAACAAGGUCCGGAGUGAAUUUUAUGGCAAAAUGUCGGAUGACCUCAACACUUCUCACAUACUCACUGGUGCAUUUCAAGAUGCCUUGAAGUUCAUAAAUAGCAACUUGAACACCCUUAAGAAGAAGCAGCAGAAACAGCAGCAAUUAGCUGUAGUUCAGUCCCUGAGAGAUAUCGAAACACAACUUAAGGAGGUUCUUGAAAUUUUAGGGCUGCUCCUGCCUCUCACCUAUGAGGAGGUUCUUGCAGAGUUUAAGCGAAAGGCAUUGAAGAGAGCUGGGUUGGAGGAAGCUGACAUUUCGAGGCUUAUCGAGGAGAGAGUUCAAGCAAGAGCAAAUAAAGAAUUUGCGAAGAGCGAUCAGAUAAGGGCCGAUUUGACUGCAAAAGGGAUCGCACUCAUGGACUUGGGCAAGGAGACUGUGUGGAGACCCUGCGUCCCUACCUUCCCCCAAGAACCGAACGAUCAACAACAGCCAAAGUCAUCGGCCGCCCAAGAACCGAAUGAUCAACAACAGCCAGAGUCGUCUACCACCCAAGAACUGGAUGAUCAACAACAGCCAAAGUCGUCUGCCGCCCAAGAACUGAAUGAUCAACAACAGCCAAAGUCGUCUGCUGCUCAAGAACCGAAUGGUCAACAACAGCCUAAGACGUCCACCUGAUGGAAUUGUUCCGGUAUACUCUUUUAACAGUUGGUUCCCCGACAUUCAAGGAAUCUCAUCAAUAUAAACUAACUUACUGUGUUUUCACAACAAUUUUUUUUCUUAUAUACCCAUGAGGGGGCAAAAUUAGGUAAAGAAGUUUUUGAGGUUUUAUAAGGACAUUUAGAUCUGAAGUCACGUGGUCCCCCGGCGAAUGUCUUCUAUUUGAACUUCCCCGCACCAUUUGAUGGAUACCGCAAGACGUGUAUUUAGUUCGACAGCAAAGACAGUAUUGGUAUGUCAGUCAAAGACAUUUGUUCCUGAGCAUUAACAUGAAAUGUUUUUCUCGAAAAA